CAGCGGAGAGUUGGGAUUGUGGCGUUUGUUGCUCUGUGUCCGGGGAAGGUGCAGAGAGAGAGAAGGGGGAAGGUUUCAUCGGCUGGUUUCCUCCCCUCGCUCCAGGUUAGAAUGGCGGACAGCGGCCUGGGCGAGUGGUACCGCAGCAUCCCCUUGGUUACCAGGUACUGGUUCACGGGCAGCGUGAUCUUUCCUGUCCUGGAGAGGCUCAAUAUAGUGAGCGCCAGGACCCUGGUACUGUGGGCCGAACCUUUCUUCAACAACUUUCAGAUAUGGAGGCCAAUAACUGCAAGUCUGUUUUACCCAAUGGGAUUCCAUUAUUUGAUUCAGCUGUACUUCCUGUAUUCGUAUUCCUCAAGCUUGGAAAGAGGUUUCUUUGAUGGGAGAACAGCAGAUUAUAUAUUCAUGUUGUUUUUCAACUGGAUUUGCACGGUGAUUGUUGGAUUAACCAUGGGAAUGCUUAUUCUGUUUGUCCCCCUUGUUUUGACGGUGGUAUAUGUGUGGGCACAACUCAACAAAGACCAGAUUGUAACAUUCUGGUUUGGGAUGACAUUUAAGGCUUGUUAUUUACCCUGGGCUCUGCUCAUAUUCAACUUUAUUCUGAGAAAUUCGGUGAUGGACGAGCUCGUUGGUAUCUUUGUUGGCCAUAUGUACUACGUCUUGAUGUUUAAAUAUCCUCAAGAAUAUGGUGGGAGAACAUUUCUAUGUACACCACAGUUUCUCUCUCGAUGGUUUCCUCCAAGGAGGGGUGGUGUAUCUGGUUUUGGAGUCCGACCUGCAAGCAGGAGACCACAAGCUGAAGAUGAGGGGGGGCGAUGGGGGCGAGGCUAUUUCUGGGGUCAAGGCCAAAGAUUAGGAGACAACUGAACUUUUCUUUUUCUAUGGAAGAGCCCAACGCCUGCAUUUAUGUCGUUUACUGUACAAUACGUGUUGACUAAGAGUAUCUUGUGUUUUGGAAUUGCAGCUGAAAUUUUAAUGAUUGUGGGAUGCUGGUAGGAUUGUGAUGUCCACUUGGCUGCUAAGGAAAGGAGGAUAAGAAAUAUUGAUAUGGAAAUGUACAUCUCUAGUAGACUACUAUAAAUCUGAUCUUUACAGCAGAAUUUCAUUUUCAGAAGGAUUUUGUAGAGUAAAUCAAAGUUUAUGACCUGUUUUUUUUAAAACGUUGAUCAGUCUCUACCAGGACACACAUUUCCAGUUGGUAAACUGGAAGUUGCAUAUCCACUGCAACAGGCAUUUUUCUUUCACACCUUCGCUGAGACAUGAUAUCGAACCUCUUAAGAGAAACAGAAUUUCCAAGAAUUACUUAUUUCUCUAUUUUUAACAGGCAGGUUCGGCAUUGAUCAGGUUGACAAGAGGUAUCAUGUGGGUAGAGUGUGCGCAUUCUGUAUUUUUCUCUCUCGCUCACUCGCACACACGCAGACGCGUUACACCUUUUUAGCAUUUGUCCCAGUUUUAUGACCAAUAUUUCGGGUCUACAGUAGAGCUGUUGUCACUUUGGGAGAUUGCUGGAUGUGUGUGGUGUUGGGAGAAGGCAUGGGAAAGAAACUUUGGAGCACAUCAGCUGACUGAAAAGCUAUGUAGCAGUCACCAACCAGGGAUGAUAUUCUGAAACAACAGCGACACCUGAUCAUCUAUGGUGACCCUCCGAGCUAGUUUCACUGUUGCUGUUAGAGUUUUAUGGCUUACAUAGUUUGCUGCUCCUGUGGAUUUUUUUCAACAGAGGUGAAAAAUAGGAAGUCUAUCUGCAGGAAGAGAAUCGUUUGGGUUUUGAUUUUGCUAAUUUCUUCACUUUGAUAUAGCUAUCAGAAUUAUUGCCAAACUGCAUUUCUUGUAUUUGAGAUUUAAACAGAAUGGGGGAGGUUGUAUUGAAUCUGAAUCAUCAGCAUCAUGAACCGAAAUGGUGCUUGCAAAGACAGAUAAGUCUGCUCAGCAAACACUGAUUCUGUUUCAACUUUGAUUCAUUGCUGCCACAGUUUUUCUAGGUCUCUGAAUGACACCAACUGAGAGGCUGGCAAGCUGGGGCAUUCACCAGCGUUCCUGUUGAGCUAGCCACUAAGAUGUGCCAAGAUAGAAGCCACAUUAGUUUCCCCAGUUCCUGGCCUGCGUUUGGUAUUGGCUGGCGGAAAGGAUUAGUGUUGGGCCAGUGAUAUGUUUAAAUGGUUCAUUCUUCCUUGGUGCCCUGCCUCCUAGUUCAUUGCUUUGGUUUGAAGGUUGAAUGAAGGGGUUGUAGAGUUUUGAAAAUAUAUUUACAGAGACUUCAUUGGUGUAACAAUCUUUACAAAAGCUGUCAAGUGACCAGAAGUGCCACAAAGAUGUCAUUGAAACCAGUAUGUUCCGUUCUCACUCCCGAUCAGUGCUUCACUUUCAUAUUGAAAUCUCUUGUUUUAAAAAACGUCGUUUGUCAUGGCAGAUAAUGUUUAAAAAUAAAUUCUUUUGAAUUUCAUACUUAUAAGUAAUCUAAAAAUAAAAUCUAAUGCCUGCAUCUCCUGUAUUCUAAAUUCCAGGUCUUUAUUUAUAACAAGAUUUUGUUGUCCUGUACUAACACACUGUCAGCAGAGGCAGUAAAAUGCCACAUGUAGACAGGGGGGGGAGCCCUGAGUGCACAGUUUAUGUGGACACUUGCCAUUCUUAUGGAAGUCCUGGGAAUUUAUGGUGAAGGCAAUUGACAUGUUUACAAUGGAAAUACAAAAUUUAAGAUCGAACAUAAACUUUUUGUAAUGGGACGGAAUUACAUCUCAACUAUGUGCCCUUUUUUUUUCACCCCGCUUCAUUCCAGAGAAACAUUCAGUUGACUGCCCUGAUGUGGGAACUCUACUAGUGUAAUUUAUUUUAACUCCUGACUACAUUUAAGGAUCUCCAGUCUAAUUGGAAAGAUCAUUAUAUUUAUAAAAGGGUUUCGGUUCUGGUAGCAAAUGCUUUAAAUUUCAGAAUUUAAAGAAAUAACUUCAGUAACUGUAUAUUGUUCAAUUCUGAAUAAUCCAAUUAGAUUUAUAAAGGUGAAUUCUACUGCAAGAGAAAGCAGGGCCAAAUUAAUAGUGCUGUGCUUAUUAAUUGAUUUGAAAUGGCUUUGAGCAGAGACAGUAGUGCGGAAUUUGUAAACCCAUAUGUUAUUUCAUAUUAAACGUGCCUGUUUCUGUUUAAUUUGUUUCCAAGUGAAAUGUUAACAGGUGGUAUGAUGUAGGUUAUUGGUUUGUCAGUUCACAUAACCCAGGCCUUCAGAAGUGAUGCAUAGACCAUUAAAUCUAGGCACAUCCACACAGACAAAUUGACUGCUGUCCUAUUAACCUGUCUCUGGAGACAUGGGGGAUAGCAAUUUAGCAUUAUACAGUCUUCCAAGAUUGCUUGUGAUUACAUGAUUUCAUUAAUUAAAGCCUGGAAACUCACUUUUGUUUGUGAUGGAUUUAAAUAUAGUACAUAAGAUUUAAUUUUCAAUUUGGAUUACAAUUUGUUUCACCCACUUAAAAUAUAUUUAAUUUUUAAAAAAAAUAUCAGCCACAGAUGUAUGAGGAAAGAGUUUUAGUUGUCUCUUACAACCCUUGAAAGAUUAUUUCUUUCUGCAAUAUGAUUGAAUUAGGUUUUCCCUUUGUGCUGGUCUCUUCCACUGAGAAAGAUUGAUGUAUAAAUGAAAGAUUAUUGGCAAGACCUCAAAGGGCAUACAGUUAGUAUAUACUGAUUCCUAAAGCUGUUUUGUAUAAAAGUUGUAUGCUUUUGUAAUUAAAUCACAAAUUGCUGAAAUUCUAAAA